GCGGUGACGGAAGGCUGACGUAGGGACGCGGUGGGCGGAGCUUCGAGGCUGUGUGCGGUCCGACCGCACACAGGGCCCGUGAACAGCCCUCGGCUAGUGGCAGGAGAUGACGCAAUGUAGACAUAAACUAUGACGUCAUACUAUUCCUUCUUCUGUUGUUCGCGGCUGCUUAUUGGUUAGCUUUGAAAUUCAUACGUCAUGGCACUUGGACUUGAUUUCGACAGCAGGAGCAGCAAGACAUGCUGGAAAUUCUGAACAAAUCCCAACUGCUCUAUGCCGCAAUUCCCGGAGAUUUCAAUUUCAAGACGCAAGAUCAAGAUAUCUAUUUCAAUUUGUAUGGAAAUUGGAAUAGGGAUUUGGAUUAACUGAAUGUGAGUGAUUGCUGCUCAGUCACAUCCAUUUGCUGCAUCAUUGGCUUCCGCAGGUCCUCACUUGUGUGUUUGUGCGGCGGUGCCACUGAUUGUAGCGUGGCGACGGGCGUCGGGUGGCCGGGCGGCCGGCUCCGAUGCUGGUCAGGGAUGUGGGGCGGGGAGGCGCCGGCCGGCCGCUGCCGCCGGCUGCUGGUCACCACCGUGCUGCUGCUGCUGCUCGUCGUCACUAUGCUCCUGUACCGGCUGUGCUACUCCUCUCCGGGCACGGUGGUGUGCGCGCGCGCCGGGGCCGGCCGCCUCCACUUCCCACACACACGGCGACGGCUGCCGGGAGCCAUAAUCAUCGGCGCACGCAAGGCUGGGACGCGUGCACUGCUCGAGAUGAUGAACGUCCACCCACAGGUGAUGCGGGCCUCGCGUGAGGUCCACUUUUUCGACCGCGACAACAACUACCGGCGCGGCCUGGACUGGUACCGGCGGCGCAUGCCGCUCUCGUUCGACGACCAGAUCACUGUGGAGAAGUCUCCCAGCUACCUGGUGACACAGACGGUUCCAGAACGGGUGGCCCGCAUGAAUCAGACGAUCCGUCUACUGGUGGUGGUUCGCGAGCCAGUGGCGCGGCUCAUCUCCGACUACGCUCAGUACCUGGACAAGGGGGCUCGGGGCGGCAAGCCGCGGCUACGGCUUCCCGAGCUCGUGCUGCGCCCGAACGGCUCUGUGCGCACCGAGUCGCGCCUCGUCAAGAUCUCCAUCUACCACCGGCACGUGCGCCGCUGGCUGCAGCACUUCCCGUCGGAGGCGCUGCUCAUAGUGGAUGGUGACCGGCUGGUGAGGGAGCCACUGCCCGAGCUGCGCCGUGUCGAGAAGCACCUCAGACUACCGCCCUACCUCAAUGAGAACCACUUCUACUUCAACGACACUAAAGGCUUCUACUGCAUUGCCAACGAUAACGGCAGUAAGUGUUUGGCUGAAUCGAAAGGGCGUAAGCACCCUCCGACCGACCCGCAGCUGGUACAAAAGCUGCGCCGCUUUUUUGCACCACACAACCGGAAGUUUUAUCGGUUGACUCAGAAGAACUACUCGUGGCCUGAGACUUAGUGGACGAUGUAAGCGAUGGCCUCAGAUGGUCCCUCCACACCGCUGGCAGACAUUUUCUAUAUCGUUUUACCUUAUUUGGAAAUGGGUGACCGCAUGUUUUUACAGCUUGCAUUUCAGUUCUGGGUAUCUUAUACGCAUCUCCUACAUCCCACUCCAUUGAAUCACAGUGAGUAGGAAGUGACAUGGGAAGGGCAGAUAAGGUUCAUAAUCUUUGGUACUCCGUACUCGUCCUUCAUUGACACCCAAAAUUAUGUCCAGUUUAGCAGAACUCUUGCCUAAGAUGCCAGCCCUGGUUACCAAUUUUUAUGUGGGUGUGCAUGGGUCAUGGACAUAUAAUGUGUCCACCACUGGAAUCGAGGGGCGAAAUUUAGUGAGCAUAGCUUUUUGUACGCUUUUCUAGCAUGUGUAGAAAUGUGGUCUGGACGGGUAUCAUAUUUGAGUAGCUGAUCGUAGUUUUCCGGUUAGUUGUGAUGCGCGACGUGUCUGCCACUUACAGUCUGUCCUUUCUGGCAGACUAGACUGGGCUUCAAUGUCUGUCAUGCCAUAGACUUGAAGCAAUGGUUCGCUGCUGGCGCCGCCGUGGGUACGCGAACGACAAGUGAACACUCUGACGCUAUGGCCGCCUCGUUGUAGAGAUGGGAUGGCGUCCAUAUUCUUUUUGUAACGAUAAUUCAUUGUUAAGGUGAGCGAUUUAAUUCCUCAUAAAUAGCAGUCAGUCAAGAGAUCAUAUUAUUGUACAAGAAACAGUACCUUUUUAAGUGCAGCAUUAUUAUCUUGUGAUGAGAACUUGAUUUUGCAGCUUAAUAAUAGCUUACUAAUGGGAAUGGGCUAACAUAUCGUCGCAUAUCACGACAUCAUCGUUAGGUAAUAAGCAUAUGCAUGCUGUGCAUGUAGUCCUGUGCGGUAUUUUCGAUAUAACUUUAUACCGCCAUGCGGUGCGCACAAGUUGGUUUUCCAUUGAGUGUUGAUGGAUGGCGAGACCGAUGCCAUUCUACAGAGACCCUUUUCGUCUGCCUCGUCCGGAGUGUGACGAGCAGCUCGGGCCAGUCGGGCUCUCUCUCAGUUGUCCAUGACUCAUGAGGGAAGCGUUUCACCUGCGUGUGCCUGUGUUGACGAACUAUGACAAUCGCUGUUCUUGAACGUCGAGCUGCAUUCCUUAUUUACUUGUGGAGAUCAUCUACUGUCGACUGAAAGUUGCCUAGCGUAUGCUACUUUCCUUUUUGUGUCCAGUAGGUGUAGUUGAUCUUAUUGCUCCAGUGGUAGUUUCCCAGUAUGCCCAACAUUGAUCAGACGCACGAUAUCGUUCAGCGUAUACUAUGCUUCCAGCGAUGAUAGUGCACAGUGCUUUUGAUUCAGUGAGUGGUGCUGCGCCCACUAGGUAGCUAAGACUGGACUCCACGACCAUUGCGAUCAUGCGUCAACGAAUAUCACCAGCCCAGGUCCUAGAGCUGAGGGAAGAUGUGAGGGAUACCGGCCUAUAAGUAUUGCACUGUAGGCCGUUCAGUAGCCUAUGGACCAGAUCGUGAGUCGGUCACAGAUGUGGCUGAUUGUGGGUAAAUGGGCUUGUCCACAACCGCGAGGAACCAGCUGCAGUGUUUGU